CAGAUGAAGAGCAACUAGAUUCUCAUUGUAUAUGAUUUGUCUACCUACUUAAAAUUCAGGAAGUUAUAUAUUAAGUCGUUUUAACCUUUUUUAUUUGUAGGCUCUACUUGGACGAAAAGCCAUAUUCAUUCGGUAACUAGUGAUGAAUAUAAAAAUGAUUUUUUUACUCAUUCUCCUAAGCUCUCAUGAACACUCUUAAUAGAGGUCGUUGAAGACGUUCAACCUUAGCAUUAUAAUAUUCUGGAGGGUAAUUAAUGGAAUUCAGCAAUUCAUAUUGGCGAACGUAGUUCCGAGUGUUAGAUAGGUUAUUCCUAAUGUCUAGUUAUUAGAUAGCAAGUGGAUCUACUCCAAUUGCUUAAUCUUCUUCGUCACAUGAAUAUUCAUUUUCAU